AACCUGCCCCGCCCCCUCCCAGGCUGAUAAAGGCCCUCACCAGGCCUUGACUUUCCAUCUCUGCUGCCUGCCUCAGAUUCAGAGUGUCCCUCCAGCCCCACCAUGAGGCUCAUCCUGUCUCUGUCGAUCCUGCUGGUGGUUCUGUCUGUGGUUUUGGAAGGUCCAGCCCCAGCCCAGGCAGCCCCAGAUAUCUCUGAUACGUUGGAGAGUAUCCCGAGCAAGCUGAAGGAGUUUGGAAGCAACCUAGGGCAGAAGGCCCGGACAACCUUGGACCGCAUCAAAGAGAGUGAAAUUCCUUCAAAGGCCCGGAACUGGUUUACUGGAGUGUUCAGCAAAAUAAAGGAACAUGUAAAAACCACCUUCUCCUGAACCCCAGGAAGGAUACCCAGGCUACCCAGCUGCUCUGUAGCUGAGCCCCAGGAAGGGGUUCUGAGGACUUCCUCCAUGAUGCCCCAGGCAUCUCCCCAACCCCCACACAAAAACUAAUAAAAAUCCUGUA